AUGGCUAGUGAUGAAUUAAUAUGGUCAAUUUUAGACAAAUCAUUUUGUUCAUUUAAGAACAAGGCAACCGAUAAGAAUAUGUGCACAAAUCCUAUGAAUGUGGAUGGUCAAUGUAGAAUGGUUUAUUGCCCAUUAGCAAAUAGUAAAUAUUCAACAGUAGUUGAAAAGAAAGGCCGCUUGUAUCUAUGUAUAAAAACACCGGAACGUAUGCACUUACCAAGUAAAAUGUGGGAAAAGAUUUUAAUUUCUGAUAACUAUCAACAGGCACUGAAGGAUAUUGAUUAUCAUUUGCAAUGGUGGGAUCAUCAAAAGAUUAACAGAGUAAAGAAAAGAUUUACAAAAUUGUACUUGGUACUGAGAAGAAUGAGAAAACUUAGAAGCAAAGUACAACACAAGAUUAAGACCGUCAAUAGAACCUUGGAAAAGCGAUUGGAAAAGAGAGAAAAGAGAGCUGAAGAAGUUGCCAGAAUUGAACAUACAAUAGAAAGAGAAUUGUUGGAAAGAUUAAGAAAUGGUGUGUAUGGUGAUCUCUAUAAGAAGAAGAUUAAACAAAAUGAAAAAAAGAAGGAAGAAGAAACAGAGGAAGAAUAUAAUAUUGAUUUGGUUGCUGACUCCGAUGAUGAAGAUAAUUUUGACCCAGAUAAUCUGAAUAAGUUUGAAUUGGAAGAAGAGAAUGAACAAGAU